AUGGCGAUAGAGAAGGUUGUGAUACUAGGCAACUGGGAGCUUUGCCUUACCAUAAUCGCCGCCCUCUUACCAUCCAAAGCACAGUCUACAGUGCCCCAAUAUCACAUCACCGUGCUCACCUACCCCUCACAAACACUCAGCCUGCCGUCUCAUGUCUCUGCUUCCGAUGUGGUUCACAAAAAAUCAGACUUCUCAACUGCUUCUUUGCUAGGUGCUUUUUCAGGACAAGACAUCAUCAUCAGUACCAUGUCCGGUGGAGACUCAGACUUGCAAAUCCGUAUUGUCGACGCCGCAGUGGCUGCCGGUGUCAAACGGUUCAUACCUGAUGAGUUUGGUCAUGAUACGCUAAACAGGAGCAUACAAACCCGUAUACCAAAGUAUGCCGGACGAGCCACGGUUAUCGACUACCUUCAGCACAUGUCGAAAUCUUUUGAAUGGACUGCCAUCGCUACAGGGUACACGCUGGAUACCAACCUUGUCAGUGGCAACAUGGGCCUCGACAUGGAGUGGUACAGCGCUACUAUCCACGGUAUUGGCACAGAGCAGUUCGCGGCGUCCAGCCUGGAGAAGGUGGGAAGCGUCGUAGCCUGCACAAUCAAUCAUUGGGACGAGGUCAAGAACCAGUACAUCUACGCUGCCGGUGUUAUCACAUCCACUAACGAAGUCUUGAGAUCUGCCGAGAAGGCUACCGGCCGUACUUUUACCGUCGGCCAUUACAAUGUAGAAGAGUCCAUCUUGGAAGGGCAGCAAAGAAUCGAAAGAGGCUACCCCGACUCCGGCAUGUUCCUUCUCGAACGAAGCAUCCUGUACGACGAGCAAGUGAAUGCCUCAAUGCCAUUCAAAACCCAAAGCAUGAAUGAGAAACUUGGCCUUUCACCAGAAUCCGUCGAAGCCAUUGUCGAAAAGGCGUACCAUGACAUGAAGCACCGUGGCAAGUCCGGCUGCGCAUGUUCAACAUGA